AUGUUAUGGAAAUAUUUUGGUCUUUUUAUAGUUAUAUAUAUUGGACUAUAUAAAGCAGAAGGUACAAUAUGGGAAAGCUCUUUACCUAUGAACGAUAAUAUUUUUGAUAAAACAAAUGGAUCAGAUGAAGGAGUACUAGAUUUAACAAUUGAAGAGUCAGAUUCAUCAAUCACUGAUAAUCAUAUACAUGGUAAUAUCGUAGGUAACCAAGUAAAUGAUAAACAUUUAAUGAGAAAUAGUAAAGUACAGUACUCAGUUUCAGUUACUAAUUUAGCAAAAUCUUUUAAUAAUCAUGAACUAACUUUUUGGAAUAAAUAUCACAAUUGGCUAGCCUUAUCUAGACGAGUGAAGUUAAUUCAUGGUUUAUUAAGAAGAAACAGACCAUCCAAAAUUCGCCAAAAAUUUGCUAGGGAAUAUAUAGCUCAUUUUGGAGGGAGUCAAAAUCAGGCGAUGAAGAAAUUAAGAAUGUUUGAAAAAAGAUUAAAUUUGGUUUUUUUUGCAGCUGAAAGAUUGACUAAAAGUCAAAUCUCUAUUUUAAAAGCUAGUUUAGAUUCUAUUAGUAGUUUAAUCAUGUGGUCUCAGCAAUGGAGGUAUCAACCAACAUAUAUUAGUCAACCAAUAUUAGUCUUAAGUAAUAAAAAUUUCGCAAAAAUAAAAAAAUUGUGCAUCAAGGAAAUAAAAAAGUCUAUUAUAGUUAUUAUAACAGCAUCUCCAUCAUAUUUAGAUGAAAAAUUUUUUGAACCAGAUUACUUUGAAUCUAUUGAUCAAAUAGGUAGUAUAGAUGAAUUAUUACACAGAAUAGUGAUAUCAUCAAAAAAUUUUAGUGAUUCAGAUAAUAGCGAAGUAUUGAUGUCCUGUUCUAUGAAAUCGGAAAGUUCCGAAAGAUCCAGAUAUUCAAAAAGGAAAUGUAAGAGCAGAAUUAAAUAUUCAUCAUUUGCUCAUAUACACUUCAGUGGAGUAUCAGAUAUUUAUAAAUUCAGAAGCUUAAUUCAGCAAUUAUCGCUUUAUUCUCCAUAUAAAAGUAAUAUAUAUACUAGACCAUUGUUUAUUGUACCUAUUUUGCUAGGUAUGCCUCAAAUUGAUACUACAGGUACAAUAUUAUCCUACAAAGCAUUGAAGACAAGGAAAAAAAGGAAAAGAGCUAAAUAA